AUGCUAAACACCCUAAUCACCCACCUCAUCAACCCCCUAGCCUACAUCGUACCAGUCCUCCUAGCAGUAGCUUUCUUAACCCUAAUUGAACGGAAGGUAUUAGGAUACAUGCAAUUACGAAAAGGACCAAAUGUAGUAGGACCUUAUGGGCUUCUACAACCCAUUGUUGACGGAGUGAAGCUAUUUACCAAAGAGCCCGUCCGCCCAUCCACAUCAUCCCCAUUUCUAUUUUUAGCCGCCCCAAUGCUCGCGCUAACCCUGGCCAUAGUCCUAUGAGCACCAAUUCCCAUACCCCACCCAAUAGUUGACCUUAACCUGGGAAUCCUAUUUAUUCUAGCCCUAUCAAGCCUCGCUGUAUACUCAAUCCUAGGGUCAGGAUGAGCAUCAAAUUCAAAAUACGCACUGAUCGGUGCCCUACGAGCCGUGGCCCAAACAAUCUCCUAUGAAGUGAGUCUAGGACUAAUCCUCCUCUCAGUAAUUAUUUUCUCGGGAGGAUACACCCUACAAACAUUUAACACCACCCAAGAAAGCAUUUGAUUGCUUAUCCCUGCCUGACCCCUAGCCGCAAUAUGAUAUAUCUCAACAUUAGCCGAGACAAACCGAGCACCAUUCGACCUUACAGAAGGAGAAUCAGAACUAGUGUCCGGUUUCAACGUAGAAUAUGCAGGAGGACCCUUCGCACUCUUCUUCCUGGCCGAAUACGCUAACAUCCUUUUAAUAAAUACCCUCUCAGCUGUACUAUUUCUAGGAGCCUCACACAUCCCCAGCAUCCCUGAGCUCAUAACAAUUAAUCUUAUAACUAAAGCUGCACUACUAUCCACCAUGUUUCUAUGAGUACGAGCCUCAUACCCACGAUUCCGAUACGACCAGCUAAUACACCUCGUAUGAAAAAACUUUCUCCCCCUCACACUUGCCUUCGUUCUAUGACAUGCCGCCCUGCCAAUUGCCCUAGCAGGACUCCCCCCCCAACUAUAA